AUGGCUCCUGCGUCGCUACCUACGAAAACCAUACUCAAAUCGGUUAAUGUACCAAUCAAACGGAACAAACACUCAAUUGACAUCGCUCAAACAGCUAUACCUUUGAGUUCGGGAGCAACGGUAAAUGUGUGUUUUCACAAACACAUGUGCGGUCACAUAAUGAUCGAACUGAACGAUCGCAACGAGCCUACAAAAGCGUGGCGGGACGUUGCCGGUGUAUUCCCGAUACGCAGUAAGCUCAUCAAUCCUGAGCAGUUUCGGGAGAAGCUCGCAGCAUGUCGACCCCGAAUUUUAUACCUGAACGACGCAGUGCUAUUAAGUCCGCUGGAUAAAUCAUGGAAUACACGAGUUGUUAGACACACGUGCGGUUUGUACGAGCUUUUGACGUCCAUAAAGCGAAAGCAAAAAAAGAAGAAUUCGCAAAGCAAUUCCUCGAACGGAGAAACCCCGAUUUCCUAUCGCAAAGCUAAGGCUCUAGAUCCAACUAUGAAUUUUCGAGAGUACCAACAAAUUUUCUGUUGAGUAAAACCUCACGACACGAACGUUUAUGAUAUUUUUAUU